AUGACGUAUGCAAGUAGACCAACCGAAGAAAUUUUAAAGCUUAUAGACGAACAUUUGGUUAACCACUUUGCCUUUCCCGCCGCGGAAUUAGUCAGCGAGCACCCACCUCGUUGGUUUUGCAAAAACAAAAAACUUGUAUAUAACCUGUCGUGUCCUCAGGGGGCAAACUCAUUUCAUGGGACCUUACAGUAUACACGCUGGAAAGAAUUUACUCUACCAGAAAAAAUUCAUGUGGGCCAACAUAAUGAUUUGAUUGUGGAAUGUUCGGAUGACUGUUUUCAAUAUGGACCACCCGAAACAGAGAACACUGAUGAGAGUCAAUGUUUAGAACAUCCUGCACUUUGUUCUCUUCGUGAAUCCUUAUCACUUGUUCCGUUCUCCUCGCCAACAUUGACCACAGUGACUGAUGCACAAGGUGUAAAACUUGCCACUCCGAUAUUAAUUCGAGGUGUAGAACGUCGAGCACAAGUGAAAACUGAUCGUAAUGAAGAGGAAGGACGUCCAUGGGGAUUAUACGGUAACCAAUUUGCUAUUGCCAAGCCUGAAGCUGUGACUAAAGCUACUACUGUAUUCGAUCAACGUCUCGAUGCACGAGGGCAACCAUACUAUUCUAAUAUCCUUGCGAUGGAAGCCCCAAAAUAUGGCAUUGGAUAUUAUACAACGCACACAAUACGGCGUAUAUUGGCUACUGCCUAUACAGGAUUCUUGGCUGCAAAAUUUGAGAGUAUGGUCGAGUUAGGCCUACUGUCACGGAAUCAUGAUCCGAAAGCCGAUAGUGCAACCACAAUCCCCAAUGAUUCUGAUACUAAACCGCUUCCAAUAAUUGAAAUUCACACGGGAAAUUGGGGAUGCGGCGCCUACGGCGGAAAUAUCGCCAUAAUGUCCUUACUACAAAUAACUGCAGCUCAACUUGCAGGUGUCAAUAAACUUGUGUAUUAUGCGAUGGGUAAAACAAAUGAACAGCAAUUUAAUGAAGGUUUAAAUGUUUAUAAAAAGCUAGUGUUGGAAAAUGGAAAUAGUGGUGAAGAUGAAUUGGAUUUGUAUAAGUUUAUUCAAAAGGUUGAAAAGAAAAAGUUUAAAUGGGGUUUCAGUAAUGGUACAUAA